UGGUCUCUCAACAGGGCCGCUCAGUUUUGUGUAAAAAUGUUUACAUUUUUUUUUUCUUUUGGAAUAGUGGAUGACUGGACGUCCGUCAUACCGCUCUGGCAUUUCAUCGACCAUAUUCCGUGGAGCUUCGGAAAGCGUCGACGAAAUGCGAGGGCGGCUUGGAGCGGUCUGCAGCUGAUUCGCCUGCCCAACAGGGGGUUGCUUAUCAGCUGGUUUUCCGGCCAGGCCGGCUUCCGGUGGCCAAAAGCCCGAGUUUGAUUGAAGACUCAUACUCAGGCUCAUCUGUUCUAUGUUAUGUAAGAGGUGCCGGUAAGUUAAUGUGGUAUGGGACCUUCACAAAAUGUAUCAAGUCAAUCAGCAGCUAUAGCUAUGGAGCCUCAGAACGGCAUUUCUAAUGGUGAGAAGUCAUCGACAACUGAGAAUGAUAAAUCCACUCCAGAAGCAGUUUCUAGUGAUGCUGCUAAUUCAUCUAGCUCGAUUUCCAGCAACUUAACCAAUGAAUCACCAUCGACCCAAGUAAUGGAGCGUCCUACAAAAGAAUCAUGCAGGAUACCGCCUUCUGUGUUCGCUAAACAAGAGUCUGGAAAAGAAACGGAAUGGAGUGUAGCCUCCAAUGAAUCAUUGUUCAGUAUCUAUUUGGAUAAUAUGAGUUUUUCUAGAGACCAAUUCCUUUGGAACUCUGAAGAGCUUGGAGGAUCUUCUGAGAGCCGCAUGCAUGAUCUCUCUCCCGUAGCAUCAUCUAGCAAUUUGGGGAACGGUGGGUUUGAUGGAGCAGAAACAUCUAUGAGAGAGUUCUUAAGGGACAGUAAAGAUCAAAAUCAUGGGGGAAAAUGUAAAGUUGAGGUGCGUCCUUGUCGUUUAUCUCAUGCAAGUACCACCAGUGGAAAAUCCUUUGCAUUCCCAAUAUUGACAGGCGAUGUAGAUAAACCGCCUUCAACAAAGUCAAGGCCAGAAAAGAAGCAGCCUCAGCCAUUGCCAUCGCCAUCGCCAUUGCCCCAGCAGGAGAGAGAAUCGUUGGAGACACCUCAAGCUGAGCAAAAGGUGGCUGCACCCAAAAGAUGGUUUUCAUGCUUCUUGUGUUGCUCAUGCUGUUCCUAGGAGAGACUUCAUCCUAAUUUUAUUCCCUUCACUACUCAAGUCAAUAUCUUAUUGCGUUAACCGCUGAAAACCUGAGGGUGAUUUGUGAAGUAAAAAUUGAAGUCUGCAUCAUUAAUUCCCCCCGCUCCCAUGUCAGAAUGGACACUAAUGCAAAGAAGAGUUACCCGUUAUUUAGUGAAGAAGAGUUAAAAUGGAUUUUGGCUUGCUUUCAAGAAGACCAGAGAGGCAAUGUCACAAAAUACCAACCAAUAUAACAUUGCAUCCACACUGAUGUCUACAGCUGACAGCGUUCAUACGCAUUUUUGAAGACUGGCAAAUUUUGAAGAUGCCAGCCUUGAUCAGUUUCCGGUUUCAUUAAUAUGUAGAUGGUUAUAUUAAGUAUGACUUUCUGCUGUUGAAGAUGGCUUCUCUCCAUGGCAAUAGUUUGCAAUUUUCUUGGUUCAUUCUAAAGUCCAGUGGUAUUAUCUCCAUUACUGUCAAUGCUAUCUGGACCUACAGAGCACCAUGGUGGUUUCCAAGUCUUUUUUGUUUGUUUGUUUGUUUUCUUGAUUGUGUAAGUAUAUGCCUUGUGCUGAAAUAUUCAUUUCCUUUUGCUAUAU